AUGAACCACAGAAGAUCAACACCAAGAGGUGCUUUGAACGGUGCCAGCUCUUUUAAGAGUUCUAGCGCCGAAAACGGAGUACUACAGAAGGAAUUAUUGGAAGAAAACAAACAAGAGAUCUUUGAAGCAUUUUCGCUUUUUGAUAUGAACAACGACGGGUUUGUAGACUACCACGAGCUUAAGGUAGCAGCUAGGGCAUUGGGAUUCGAGCUGUCGAAACAGGAGCUACUGGAGCUACUGGAAAAGUACGAUCGCGAUGGACGCCGUCUGAUGCACUAUGAUGACUUUUUCGUGGUGAUGGGGGAGAAAAUCUUGAAUCGGGACCCGCUGGACGAGAUCAAACGUGCUUUUCAUUUGUUUGACGAUGAUAACACGGGCAAAAUCAGCUUGAAGAAUCUCAGAAGAGUGGCAAAGGAGCUGGGCGAAAACCUGACAGACGAUGAGCUCCGGGCAAUGAUCGACGAGUUCGACCUCGACGACGACGGCGAAAUUAGUGAGCGUGAGUUCAUUGCAAUUUGCACAGAUACGUGA